AUGUCUGAAGAAAAGAGUAGAAAACCUGCCAAUACCGCAUUCAAGCAACAGCGUCUUAAGGCUUGGCAACCAUUAUUAACACCUAAAACUGUACUGCCUACACUGUUUGUAGCAGGUAUUAUUUUUGCUCCACUUGGUGGUUUGUUCUUGUAUGAAAGCGAUACUGUAAAUGAGGUUAUCAUUGAUUAUACCCACUGUAUGAAUGCAAACUCAACCCCCACCUCUUUGGAUUCAAGCUUAUAUUCAUACAAAUACACUGCUGAAGGAACUGGACCAAUGUAUGCACCAACCUAUCGAUUUGUACCCAAUACUGUAGCUGGAGAAGCAGGCGUUUGUGCUAUUCGUUUUUCAGUUCCUAUUGAGCUUAAGGCGCCUAUUUUUCUCUACUAUCGACUCACCAACUUUUACCAGAAUCAUCGUAAAUACGUUAAAAGCCUUAGCUACAAUCAACUUCAUGGCGAUGUGAUUACACCCGCAGAUGCAGCCAGCUCCUGCUCACCUGUUGCUACUGAGCCCGGUACUGAUAAAAUCUACUAUCCAUGUGGGUUGAUUGCAAACUCUAUGUUUAAUGAUACGUUUAGUGUUUCAUUUGUGAAUCCUCCUGGAAGCGCUCCCAGUUUAACAAUGGACUUUAGUGAAAAGGAUAUUGCAUGGCCAGCAGACAAGAAGAGACUUGCAAGCACUUCAAUGGAUCCUUCACAGCUUGUCCCUCCACCCAACUGGCAGAAAAGAUAUCCUAAUGGGUAUACAGCAGACAACAUCUUCCACCCACAAGAUGACGAGCAUUUCCAAGUGUGGAUGAGAACUAGUUGGUACCCCACAUUCAGAAAGCUGUAUUCGGCUAUGAGAGAAGGAACUCUUCAAGCAGGAACGUAUGAAGUUAACGUGACAUUGAACUAUGACAUAACUGCUUAUGGAGGCACCAAGUCCAUUGUGCUUACUAGUACCUCAUUUUUGGGCGAUAGAAACCCUUUUAUGGGUUUGGCUUGGAUUGUGAUGGGCUGUGUUUGCACCUUUUUAGGCGUCGUAUUCUUGGGCUGGCACUUUUUCAAGCCAAGAAAACUUGGUGAUCACGAUCGCCUUUCUUGGCAGCAAACCUCUGGGUCUGGUCCAUAA